UCACCAGAAACUGUUGAAAGACAAUGAGAACGCCAAGGAGAAUGCUAGUCCUCUAGUCGGGGAAUUCGAAGCAACGUAUCUGCCUGCACCACGUCUAGAGAAUGCCGAACCAAGCCGCACCAGUGAUUGCAGCGCCGUCACCAGGGUCAUAGAGUCCGUGGCAGAUUGCAGACCCCCAUCUCCAACCCAGCCACAGCCGAUCUCUGGCAGGAGAAGAAAUCAGCAAUCACACACCAUCGCCCGGGCUGAUGUUGGAAAGAUCGUUCGCCACACUGGUGCAGCGGGGCUGCGUCGUAUGCUCGAGGACUGGGCCGCAGUCACAAUCCAGACCGCAUUUCGUAAGUUUCUAGCUCGCAAUGCUCUGCGUGCCUUGAAAGGCCUGGUGAGACUGCAAGCGUUGGUCCGAGGGCACUUGGUCAGGCGCAGGAUGCAAGCCCUGGUACGCAUUCAGGAGGCUCGAGCUCGUCACCGGCGGACUCGCACUGCCGAGGCUCGUCGAUGGAUUCAAGCAGCUGUGGUCGUAGAACAGGAUCAGCCUGAUUUUGGAGUGAAAGAAUCCAGGAGAAGAGGCAGAAAGUCAGCUGGUGAUUUGGACGCUUCCUCGCAUGAGUGGAACCAAAGCAUGCGCACUCUGCCGGAGUUACAAGCUAUGGUGAAGAGCAAGCAGGAAGCAGCAGCCAAACGGGAGAGGAGCUUGAUGUACAAUGAAAGCCUUCUGCAAAUCAAGGAGCCAGGCCCAGGGGGAAAGCCAGAGGCGAAGACCAAACGGGAACGAGCUUUGGCCUACGCAUUACUACUCACAUUGAGUAAGCAAGGCGAGGGUUUGGAUGAUGAAGAUUAUGCGGAUAUAGAGUACGCUAUUGGUUUGUGACAUUGAAACACAGCAAACUUAGGUUCUAAUUUGAAAAAAUGGCCCAGGAGCUCGGCUUGAAUGCAUUUCUAGAAUAUGCAGCUGGAAAUUGUCUGCAACUCCAACAUUGUACACUAUCGGGAACUGCCAACAACCGAUCCAUUAUCUAGUGACACGGACUAGAUCGAGAUUUUCUCUUCAUCCUAUAGAAGAGUUAUAGAUCAGUUCAAGACUAGAAGAGAAAUAGUUCAGGACUUUGUAGUAGUAGAGAAUAUAGUGACUGUCGAUUCGUUCCGACUAAGCAGUUGAUAUCGAAACCUUCUAAACGUUUCCGCCUCGUAGUUCUCACAAAUUACUCACCCUAUGUCAUGCUCCUGGGGUGAUGUGGAUCUGCAUCAGUUCUCAACGAUGGCCCCUCGAUGUUUUUCUCUCUUUCGCUGCAACAGCAACACGAAUUCUGGGAAACUUUGUGCAAAGAUGCGAAGGACUUCAACCAGAGUGUAGUGGUGUACACUUGUUCCGGCAAAGAUCAGCUGGUUUCAAAUAGAGGGAAUCUGUAGAUGGUAGAUGGCGCUCGAUCAAGAGUUCUUUUGAUCGAGCAAAUGACUUCACGAAGAUUAUCCAGAAAAUGAUUACAAGUAUUGCGCACCAUCGAUCAGUGCCUCUGAAUGAGAGGUGGAACGAUGCAGGCUGAAGUAUGUUCUAACACAUCGAAGGAUAAGAUGGUGGAACGAUGAAGUACAAUAUAUGAGUUCAGAGUUUCAGAGAAAGAAGAGCCAAAUGAGGCUUCGAAAAGUUCAGUUUUAGUUCAACUUAGUACUUUCCAGUUUGAUAGAAUUGAUUGAUCAUAAAUUCAACAUGAAACGUCUGGCUCCAUACCGGAUCUAACGACU